GGUUUGCGCGUAUCUCUGUGUGCGGCAGUGCGGCAGCGAGUAGCUGUCAAAGACUACUCAGCGCGAAUCGAGUGCGAAUUUCUAAAAUGUUUCUGACCACGUAUUUAAGUUAGACUAAAGUUAUGUAUGCCCACACGAAUACUCAUGCAAUAAUAUUGUUGUGUUCAUUAAAAAAACGUACUUACGCCGAUAAUAGAGAUCAUGGUACAGUGUCAUCCGCCGUUGGAAAUAGAAGAAUUACCAAAAGAAGACGAAGAAAGGCUUGAGAAACUUUUUUCUAAAUUAGACCAUGAUGGAAACGGGAAGAUUGAUAUACAUGAUCUGUCUGUCGCCCUCAAGGAGCUGGCCCCCCACAUCAAUCGCAGCUAUGCAGAGAAAUUUCUGGCCAAGUCGGGAUGGAAGGUGGCUGGGGACGUGACACUAUCCGAAUUCAUCCACUACGUCAGAGAGCACGAGAAGAACUUGCGGCUGCAGUUCAAACACCUUGACAGAAACCAAGACGGCAAAGUGGACCUGGAGGAGCUUAUAUCGGCUUUUGCAGAUUUGGGAAUAGCGAUAGGAAGAAACGAGGCGAUGAAUCUGUUAAAAAGAAAAGCAGUUUGGCCUUACAUUUGGAUGGACCAGGAUGGCAGCCUCAACAUCAGCUACGAUGAAUGGCGAGAUUACCUGUUACUCGCUCCGGCCACCGAUAUCCACGCUCUCAUACACUUUUGGAGGCAUUCCACGUAUCUAGACAUCGGCGAGGAUAUGAACGUUCCCGAUGACUUCACACAGAGUGAACUACAAACGGGUAAAUGGUGGAGACAUCUCUUGGCUGGAGGCAUAGCGGGCGCAGUCAGCAGGACCUGCACGGCUCCACUGGACAGACUAAAAGUGUUUUUACAAGUGAACACAACUAGAGAAAAUAUGAGAAAAUGCUUAGCGAAAAUGUUAAACGAAGGUGGUAUAACCGGAAUGUGGAGGGGGAACGGAAUUAAUGUAAUCAAAAUCGCUCCGGAAUCGGCGAUCAAGUUCGCGGCUUAUGAACAAGUUAAAAGGCUAAUCAAAGGGGAGAGGAGUAACCACCCGUUGGAGAUACACGAGAGGUUCAUAGCCGGCGCGACGGCCGGGGCGAUCAGCCAAACUGUGAUCUACCCACUAGAGGUGCUAAAGACGAGAUUAGCGUUAAGGAAAACAGGGCAGUACAGCGGCAUAGCUGACGCCGCCAGGAAGAUAUACGCAAGGGAGGGUCUCCGGUGCUUCUACAAGGGAUACAUUCCAAACAUACUGGGGAUCGUACCCUAUGCGGGCAUCGACCUGGCGGUUUACGAAACGUUGAAGAAGAAAUACAUUAGUAAAUAUCAGGCGCACAACGAGCAGCCGGGUAUCUUGCUGCUGCUAGCGUGUGGCAGUAUCUCGUGCACGCUGGGGCAGGUGUGCUCCUACCCGCUCGCGCUAGUCAGGACCAGACUGCAGGCACGAGAAAAUGCAGCGAGAGGCGCGGAGGGUACAAUGAGAGGCGUGUUCAGAGAGAUCGUUCAACGCGAGGGCAUCCGUGGCCUGUACCGCGGCAUCACACCGAACUUCAUCAAAGUGAUUCCGGCCGUCUCGAUUUCGUACGUCGUGUACGAGUACGCGAGUCGGUCUCUCGGCGUGAACAUGACGUGAUCAGGUUGCGGACCGUGUUUGUGGCUGACGACAGUUCGCGGACACGCGGACGACACGUCACAGACACGACAACGACACGACACGACACGACACCGCCGGGCGGGGAACGCCCGCGGUCAACACACUCUCUCGCAGUUAUUUAUUUACACACACACACACAUCACAUCCUGAACUAAAAGCGUUGCCAUGCAUUUGUUUUACGAUAAAAGAAAACGUGUACGCUGUAGCAGCUUAUAUGCGAAUGUGAACUUUAUUUCCAAGCCGUGUUUUUGAUUUGUGGUCGUGAAUACGUUGUAAGUUACCCCGUGGAAAGUACGAAAUGGCGUUGAAAAUUAUGAAAAUAAAUGCAAGUUUGUUCGCAAUGGACUUAUCGGUCAGGCCCAGACCGGUCAAUUAUUGGUUGCAGCGUUCACGUUUUCUUAGCUCGUUUGUACCAUAGCUCUCGUGCGUUAUUUGUCUAUUAAUUUAUUUUGUUAUUGUAAUGUUCCAUUUUAAGUAUUGAUAUGUAAAGAAAAAUCUGACACUUGUUAUAUUUAUAAGCUUGACAUUUAAAAUAAAUUGUGUUGAAGUGAACAAUUGGUUGCGACUUUGUUAAAAUUUUGAGCCUGGUGUUAAUAGUUGGUCAAAACGUGACAGGACGAGCAUCUGUGAUUAUAAUAAAUUAUGCAUUUUUUUAA